AUGCACUGCCAAAGGGAACCGCAACAGCAGUAUAAGGGAGAAAAGUCACCUCCGAUGACGCCAAAUGCAACUUUCAGUGACAAUGGUGUACAAUUCACACGCCCUCAGGCCUCCAUUCAAAACCAACAGGCACUCAAAGCCACAGGUAUACUGUCACAGUACAGCAACCAAGACGUAAAAAUGUCCGACGCAGGUCUCCUCUCGCGGAACCAAUCGCUAAAAUCAUCCCCUUCCGGCCGCUCCCCCUUGGAUGGCAGGGAUUUUGUCUACCAGUCACCUUCUGGGCUGGACAGCCCAUUUGCACCUCCCCAAACAGACCCUGGCGUGAAUGACAAUAUCGAACCGUACCAGUCUUUUCCAACUGGAUGCUACUAUGAGCAGCCAAGCCAUCAACAAAUUCAAUUUCCCCCUGUGGACGAGGACAGCCGUUCUCAGCCUUUCCACUCCUCCCAGUCGACUGUAGUCACUCUGUCCAGUCAGGGAGCCGAGCGUGGCAGUGGCAGUGGUGGUGGUCUUGAGCCAGCCUACUCCGAUCGCCAGAUCUUCCACGCUGUUCCACCUCUUCCGCCUGGCAGUGGUGCUCUCAUCAGUACCACCCAGUCUUUCAUUUCCGCAUCCACUCAGCAGUCAGCGCCCGUUAUCAACUGCAACCCUCAAGUGGUGAUGCGGACUAGAACUGUUUCGUCGGGUCGCCGGGUCGCUAUGGACGCUGAAGUAAGCACAUGA